AUGGGGUUAACUGUGUGGAGGGAUGAAAACAUUGUGGAAGGCUAUCGCGGCGAAGCGUUUUAUAACUACGACGCCAGGGGAGCGGAUGAACUUUCUUUACAAAUAGGAGACACUGUGCACAUCUUGGAAACAUAUGAAGGGUGGUACAGAGGUUACACCUUGAGAAAAAAGUCCAAGAAGGGUAUAUUUCCUGCUUCAUAUAUUCAUCUUAAAGAAGCCAUAGUUGAAGGAAAAGGGCAACAUGAAACGGUCAUCCCGGGUGACCUCCCGCUCAUACAGGAAGUCACCACGACACUCCGGGAGUGGUCCACCAUCUGGAGGCAGCUCUACGUGCAAGACAAUAGGGAGAUGUUUCGAAGUGUGCGGCACAUGAUCUACGACCUUAUUGAAUGGCGGUCACAGAUUCUUUCUGGAACUCUGCCACAGGAUGAGCUCAAAGAACUGAAGAAGAAGGUCACUGCCAAAAUUGAUUAUGGCAACAGAAUUCUUGAUUUGGACUUGGUGGUGAGAGAUGAAGACGGGAACAUUUUGGAUCCAGAACUAACUAGCACGAUUAGUCUCUUUAGAGCUCAUGAAAUAGCUUCUAAACAAGUGGAGGAGAGAUUGCAAGAAGAGAAGUCCCAAAAGCAGAACAUAGAUAUUAACAGACAAGCGAAGUUUGCUGCCACCCCUUCUCUGGCCUUGUUUGUCAACCUCAAAAAUGUGGUUUGUAAAAUCGGAGAAGAUGCCGAAGUGCUCAUGUCUCUUUAUGACCCCGUGGAGUCCAAAUUCAUCAGUGAAAACUACCUGGUUCGCUGGUCAAGUUCAGGAUUGCCUAAAGAUAUAGACAGAUUACAUAAUUUGCGAGCUGUCUUUACUGACCUCGGAAGCAAAGACCUGAAACGGGACAAAAUCAGUUUUGUUUGUCAAAUCGUUCGAGUGGGUCGCAUGGAGCUGAGGGACAACAACACCAGAAAACUGACCUCGGGCUUGCGGAGGCCUUUCGGAGUGGCCGUGAUGGACGUAACAGAUAUAAUAAAUGGGAAAGUAGAUGAUGAAGACAAGCAGCAUUUCAUCCCCUUUCAGCCGGUGGCGGGGGAGAAUGACUUCCUUCAGACUGUUAUAAACAAAGUCAUUGCUGCCAAAGAAGUCAACCACAAGGGCCAGGGUUUGUGGGUAACCUUGAAAUUACUUCCUGGAGAUAUCCAUCAGAUUAGAAAAGAAUUUCCUCACUUAGUGGACAGGACCACAGCGGUGGCUCGGAAAACGGGGUUUCCGGAGAUAAUCAUGCCUGGUGAUGUUCGAAAUGAUAUCUACGUAACAUUAGUUCAAGGAGAUUUUGAUAAAGGAAGCAAAACCACAGCAAAGAAUGUGGAGGUUACAGUGUCUGUUUACGAUGAAGACGGAAAACGGCUGGAGCAUGUGAUUUUCCCGGGCGCUGGUGAUGAAGCGAUUUCGGAGUACAAGUCUGUGAUUUACUACCAAGUAAAACAGCCACGUUGGUUUGAGACUGUUAAGGUGGCCAUUCCCAUUGAGGACGUCAAUCGCAGUCACCUUCGGUUUACCUUCCGCCACAGGUCGUCACAGGACUCCAAGGACAAGUCUGAGAAAAUAUUUGCACUAGCCUUUGUAAAGCUGAUGAGAUAUGAUGGGACCACGCUGAGGGACGGGGAGCACGAUCUCAUCGUCUAUAAGGCGGAGGCGAAGAAGCUGGAGGAUGCUGCCACGUACUUGAGCCUGCCCUCCACGAAAGCAGAGUUAGAAGAAAAGGCCCACUCGGCCACCGGCAGGAGCAUGCAGAGUCUUGGGAGCUGCACCAUCAGCAAAGACUCCUUCCAGAUCUCAACUCUCGUGUGCUCCACCAAACUUACCCAGAACGUGGACCUGCUGGGGCUCUUGAAGUGGCGUUCCAACACCAACCUGCUGCAGCAGAACUUGAGACAGCUGAUGAAGGUGGAUGGCGGCGAGGUGGUGAAGUUCCUCCAGGACACCUUGGAUGCCCUCUUCAACAUCAUGAUGGAGAAUUCCGAGAGCGAGACGUUUGAUACGUUAGUGUUUGAUGCUCUGGUAUUUAUCAUUGGACUGAUUGCUGACAGAAAAUUUCAGCAUUUUAAUCCUGUUCUGGAAACCUACAUUAAGAAACACUUUAGUGCAACUUUAGCCUACACGAAGCUGACAAAAGUUUUAAGGAACUACGUGGACAAUGCCGAGAAGCCAGGAAUAAACGAUCAGCUGUACAAAGCCAUGAAGGCUUUGGAGUACAUCUUCAAGUUCAUUGUGCGCUCCAGGAUCCUUUUCAAUCAACUCUAUGAAGACAAAGGAGAGGCGGACUUCAUGGAGUCCCUGCUGCAGCUGUUCCGAUCCAUCAGCGACAUGAUGAGCAGCGUGUCGGACCAGACCGUCAGGGUGAAGGGGGCGGCGUUGAAGUACUUGCCAACUAUUGUCAACGAUGUGAAGUUGGUGUUCGAUCCCAAAGAGCUCAGCAAAAUGUUUACUGAUUUCAUCCUAAAUGUUCCCAUGGGUUUGCUGACCAUUCAGAAGCUGUAUUGCUUGAUUGAAAUCAUUCACAGUGACCUCUUCACACACCAUGACUGCAGAGAGAUCCUGCUUCCCAUGAUGACGGAUCAGCUCAAGUACCAUCUGGAGAGACAGGAAGACCUGGAGGCCUGUUGCCACCUGCUCAGCAACAUCCUGGAGGUUCUGUACAGGAAGGACGUGGGGCCAACUCAGAGGCAUGUCCAGAUAAUCAUGGAGAAACUUCUCCGGACAGUCAACCGAACCGUCAUUUCCAUGGGACGGGAUUCCGAACUCAUUGGAAACUUUGUGGCUUGUAUGACAGCUAUUUUACGACAAAUGGAAGAUUAUCAUUACGCCCAUUUGAUCAAGACUUUCGGAAAAAUGAGGACUGAUGUUGUGGAUUUUCUGAUGGAAACAUUCAUCAUGUUUAAGAACCUCAUUGGGAAGAACGUCUACCCUUUCGACUGGGUGAUAAUGAACAUGAUGCAGAAUAAAGUCUUCCUGCGAGCGAUUAAUCAGUAUGCAGACAUGCUGAACAAAAAAUUUCUGGAUCAAGCCAACUUUGAGCUGCAGCUUUGGAACAACUACUUUCACCUGGCUGUCGCUUUCCUCACUCAGGAGUCCUUGCAACUGGAGAAUUUCUCAAGCGCGAAGAGAGGCAAAAUCCUUAACAAGUAUGGAGAUAUGAGGAGGCAGAUUGGCUUCGAAAUCAGAGACAUGUGGUACAACCUUGGUCAACACAAGAUAAAGUUCAUUCCAGAAAUGGUCGGCCCAAUAUUAGAAAUGACGCUAAUUCCUGAGACAGAACUGCGUAAAGCCACCAUCCCUAUCUUCUUCGAUAUGAUGCAGUGUGAAUUCCAUUCGACGCGAAGCUUCCAGAUGUUUGAAAAUGAGAUCAUCACCAAACUGGAUCAUGAAGUGGAAGGAGGCAGAGGAGAUGAACAGUACAAAGUGUUAUUUGAUAAAAUCCUCUUGGAGCACUGCAGGAAGCACAAAUACCUCGCCAAAACAGGAGAAACUUUCGUCAAACUCGUUGUGCGCCUGAUGGAGAGACUUCUGGAUUAUAGAACCAUCAUGCAUGAUGAGAACAAAGAAAAUCGCAUGAGCUGCACUGUCAACGUGCUGAAUUUCUACAAAGAAAUUGAAAGAGAAGAAAUGUAUAUAAGGUACCUGUACAAGCUGUGUGACCUGCACAGAGAGUGUGACAACUACACGGAGGCGGCCUACACCUUGCUUCUCCACGCAAAGCUUCUGAAGUGGUCGGAGGAUGUGUGCGCGGCCCACCUCACCCAGCGCGAUGGGUACCAGGCGACAACACAGGGCCAGCUGAAGGAACAGCUCUACCAGGAAAUCAUCCACUACUUCGACAAAGGCAAGAUGUGGGAGGAGGCCAUUGCUCUUGGUAAGGAACUUGCCGAACAGUAUGAAAACGAGAUGUUUGAUUACGAACAACUCAGUGAGUUGCUGAAAAAACAGGCUCAGUUUUAUGAAAACAUCGUCAAAGUGAUAAGACCUAAGCCUGACUAUUUUGCUGUUGGCUACUACGGACAAGGAUUCCCCACGUUCCUUCGGGGGAAAGUUUUCAUUUACCGAGGGAAAGAGUAUGAACGCAGGGAAGAUUUUGAAGCUCGGCUGUUAACUCAGUUCCCGAAUGCUGAGAAAAUGAAGACAACAUCUCCACCAGGCGACGAUAUUAAAAACUCUCCUGGCCAGUAUAUUCAGUGCUUCACCGUAAAGCCCAAACUCGAUCUGCCCCCGAAAUUUCACAGGCCUGUGUCGGAGCAGAUUGUAAGUUUUUAUAGGGUGAACGAGGUCCAGCGAUUUGAAUAUUCUCGGCCGAUCCGCAAGGGAGAGAAAAACCCAGACAAUGAAUUUGCGAACAUGUGGAUCGAGAGAACCAUAUACACCACGGCGUACAAAUUACCUGGAAUUUUAAGGUGGUUUGAGGUCAAAUCUGUUUUCAUGGUGGAGAUCAGUCCCCUGGAGAACGCCAUCGAGACCAUGCAGCUGACCAACGACAAGAUGAACAGCAUGGUACGGCAGCACCUGGACGACCCCAGCCUCCCCAUCAACCCCCUCUCUAUGCUCCUGAACGGCAUCGUGGACCCUGCCGUCAUGGGAGGCUUCGCGAAUUACGAGAAGGCCUUCUUUACAGAGCGGUACCUGCAGGAGCACCCAGAGGCCCAUGAAAAGAUUGAGAAGCUCAAGGACCUCAUUGCGUGGCAGAUUCCGUUUUUGGCUGAAGGGAUCAGGAUUCAUGGAGACAAAGUCACAGAAGCACUGAGGCCAUUUCAUGAGAGAAUGGAAGCCUGUUUCAAACAGCUAAAGGAAAAAGUGGAAAAGCAAUAUGGUGUCCGAACCAUGCCCUCAAGUCUGGAUGACAGAAGAGGCAGCCGUCCCCGGUCCAUGGUCCGAUCCUUCACGAUGCCGUCUUCAUCCCGGCCUCUGUCGGUGGCCUCCAUGUCUUCCCUAUCAUCGGACAGCACCCCUUCCAGGCCAGGCUCUGAUGGGUUUGCUCUGGAGCCUCUCCUGCCAAAGAAAAUGCACUCCAGGUCCCAGGACAAGCUGGACAAGGAUGACCCAGAGAAGGAGAAGAAGGACAAGAAGAAGGAAAAAAGGAACAGCAAACAUCAAGAGAUAUUUGAUAAGGAAUUUAAACCCACUGACAUUUCCGGGCAGCAGUCUGAGGCUGUGAUUCUUUCAGAGACGAUAAGCCCCCUGCGGCCCCAGAGACCGAAGAGCCAGGUGCUCAACGUCACUGGAAGUGAACGACGUUUCUCAGUGUCCCCGUCGUCACCGUCCUCCCAGCCAGCACCCCCUCCGGUCACGCCAAGGGCCAAGCUCAGCUUCAGUUUGCAGUCGAGUUUGGAGCUGAACGGCAUGACCAGCAUGACUGGGAUGGACACGGCCGAGGUCCCGCCCCCCCUGCCUCUCAAAGGCAGCAUGGCAGAUUAUGGGAACUUGGUGGAAAACCAGGAUUUGAUCAGCUCGCCCACGCCCCCGCCCCCUCCUCCUCACCAGAGGCACGUACCACCUCCGCUGCCCAGCAAAACGCCACCUCCACCCCCCCCAAAGACAGCGCGCAAGCAGACGUCGGUGGACUCGGGCAUCGUGCAGUGAAGGCCGCAGGCCCGCGUGGAGAGCCCCGCUGCAGCCCUCCCUCUCCCUGUGGA